AUGCAACAGUCCACCCGUCACCCGCGUCUCUUCUCCGUCGGCCUCCCGACACCGUUCACUAGACGACUGGCUCGCAGUAACCCCGCCGACGAUGCGGAUGUUGAGAGCGGUGGCGCUGACGAGAGCCCCAAAACACCGCGUUUCAACCUUAGACGACCGAACACCUACCUCCCCUUCUCGCAGUUUUUGAGAUCGCGAGUACACGAAUCCUCGACCGAUAGCGCUACCGCUCCCGUCUACUCUGCGACAAGACCACCCAGAAACCAUGACGCUCCGAACGCUACCGUGCCGGGCUCGGGGAUUCUUCCAGUUCCCGAACCGGUAGCGGCAUCCUCAGUUGGCCGAGUUGCCUCGCUGAGCUCGGAAGAGCCGCCAAAUUCCACUCAUGACCGGCGUCGAACACGAAGGAGGCUGGUCAGGGCUGCCGAACAAGGUCAAGGCGGGGCCACAAACCAUCCCAAGCGCUUCCUUUUCUGCUUGCCCCGGGUUGCCUCGCGAAGAGUACAGUCCAUGAUACUUCAAUGCUUCAUUUCGGGCCUAUUUAUGACUCUUCUCCUGUCCGUCUACCUCGCCUUGCAAUUCACUGGCCGAAUCCGCACCAGCGAGUUUACAGUACUUCUCGUCAUGACCAUCAUUUUCUCAGCUAUCUUCUUCUGUUAUGCCCUAUUUCGCCUCUUCACGCUGGUUGCACGGCCGGAAUCCCGCGACGGUAACCGCUCACGCUCACGGGGCGGGUUCGUCCCCGCGCAGCCGAUCCGUGUCGUCCUAGCCCGUGAUCAUGAAGAUCUCGAAGGGCAAACCGAUAACCCUAUGACCAGGGUAAAGCCGCCACCGUACGGUGCAUGGCGGCAGAGCGUGAGGAUAGAUCCGAACCGCUUCUUCUGGCAGCGCAACCCCGAUAUCCAGGGGGGCGACACGUCCCAAUUGUCUCCCGAGAACAGGAACGGGUACCGGCCGCCUUCGUAUGCGUCGGAUGAUGGCGUCAGCUACGUGGUGGACGCACGCCCUCGGUCCAUGGCUCCUACUGCAGUCAUGGAUAUACCACUGCCAGUUCACCAGCCGGAAGCGGGGAGAACAAACGGACGGCCAGCACCAUGA